GAUUAUGCAGUCAGGGAGACACUGUAAUUGAGCUGUCAGGGGCGAGAAGGAGAAAGAAAGACUUGCCAUCCGUCAGGCUUAGAUCAUAUUUUUCACGUUUUAGUUUAAAAUGUAAUUUUCAUUUCAAAGAAUCAAGAUUUAAACUAAGUGUUUAGAUUUAGGCAACGUCCUCUUUUGUCCACAUCUUUCUAAAAGGGUGAGGCUACAAAAAAAUAAACUUACUAUGGCCUCGGAGCCCGAGGGGAAUAAACGGCUGUUGCAAGACGUUUUGGAUAGACCUGGCAACGAUGUAUGCGCGGACUGCGGCAAUGCAGAGCCGGACUGGGCGUCACUGACGUUGGGUGUGUUUGUGUGCCAGGCCUGCUCACUCCUACACCGGAGCAUCCCUCACAUCAGCAGAGUCAAGGCUGUACAGAAGGACACCUGGGACGCCUCCGAAGUGGAACUCAUGGCUGCUGUGGGGAACACUACAGCCAAGGCCAAGUAUGAACAGAAGGUCCCACCAUUUUACUACAGACCGAGACACACAGACUGCAAACUGCUGAGGGAGCAGUGGAUCAGGGCCAGGUACGAGAGGAACGAGUUUGAGUUCAUCGAGAAACAGGAGCCCUACUCUGCCGGUUACAGAGAGGGGUUUCUAUGGAAACGCGGUCGAGACAACGGUCAGUUCCUGAGCAGGAAGUUCAUCCUUUCAGAGAGAGAAGGAGCUUUGAAAUAUUAUAACAAGCAAGACGCACGAGAUCCCAAGGCGGUGAUGAAGAUAGAGACAAUGAAUGCCACGUUCCAGCCUGCUAAGAUAGGGAACCCCUGUGGUCUGCAGAUUACUUAUCUGAAGGACAACAGCACCAGGAACAUCUUCGUCUACCACAGUGAUGCCAAAGAGAUGGUUGACUGGUUCAACGCUAUCCGGGCGGCCAGGUUCCACUACCUCCAGGUGGCCUUCCCUGGAGCAGGAGAUGAAGAGCUGGUGCCCAAGUUGACUCGUAACUUCAUGAAGGAAGGCUUCAUGGAGAAGACUGGCCCCAAGCACACAGAGGGGUUUAAGAAGAGGUGGUUCACCAUGGAUGACAGAAGGCUUAUGUACUUCAAGGACCCACUGGAUGCGUAUGCGCGAGGGGAGGUGUUCAUUGGCAGUAAGGAGAACAGCUACACCGUCCUGUCCGGACUGCCCCCGUCCACACAGGGCUACCACUGGAACCAUGGCAUCACCAUAGUAACCCCCGACAGGAAGUUCCUGUUUGCCUGCGAGACGGCAGCUGAGCAGAGAGACUGGAUUGCUGCUUUCCAGAGAGUCAUCAACCGACCAAUGAGGCCGCAGGAGUAUGCAGUUGAGGCUCAUUUCAAACACAAACCCUGAAACUGGACGUGAACAGGACUGACCCAUGUCGAACACCAGACCAAAUCAGUCUUAUUGGAGACAGACUCCACGGAGUACAUCCCAGUCAAGGACACUAUCUGGGACUGUCAGGAUGAGAUUAGGAGAGAUGAAGAGAUGGGUCGAAGAGGAGAGAGAGAGAGAAACUGAGAUGGACAAAGACAAGGAAGAAGGGACCCCCCUCCACCUGUACCAUCCCAAAGCUCAAACAAGACCAAUGCCUUUUCCUGGGCUAAAGAUGAAAGGUCAGGGAGGUCAGAGGGGGGCUGUCCUCUGCUGCUACCCUCCUGUGUACAUCCAUUCCCCCUCCCCAAUAAGAUACUUGGAUUCUCCCUCCUCACCCCCUUGUUCUUCUGUGUUGUGAGUGGUUGAUCCCAAUCCCUAAUUCAGUGAUGGUGUCAUUUAUGGUAAUUACGUGAUAAAGGUCAUUUCACUGUGCUUACUGAAACAAAAAAGUAUCAACAUUACUAAUUUAUUGACUGUACAGUUUUAAAUAUGGUGGUUGCUGAGAGUUUUUAUUCCUUUAGGGCAAGGUAUCUGUUUUAACUGUAAUAUUAAGAGGUGCUGACUAAAACAUAUGCAUAUACAGACCAUGAAGAUCAGGAACUACCAUGCUCUUGAGCCAAUUCACACGCAUCCUAAGACUGUUUAUUUAAAAUACUGUAGAUAAUAUGGAAGACACUUUAAUGUCUGACAACAGGAUUGUCAUUAAUUUGAUCAGGAUUUAUGUCAUUAGCAAUUUGUGAAGAAUUUGUUUUGACCUACUGAUCCUUCCGAUUUGUGAGCUCUGAUCCUGUCCUGAAUGUGAAGCAGACAUGAGACCCUGAAAUCACAGUGUUAUAACUUCUGCUGACACUAGAGUGCACUCUAAGAUACUGUAACCCAGACCCAUUGGAUUGUAUGGCAGUGGUUCUGGCUUAAUAAAGACAGCAACAU